CACAAAGCCGAUGAGCUGGCCAGCUCGUCGCUCUUAACCCGGUUUUGCUGACGUCUCCCUUGCCGCCCCUUCUGGCGCUGCUGCUGCCGCUCCUGCCGCAGAAAGCCGGAUGGGAGGAGAGUCGCUAUGGACGUGCAAGUCGCGCCGCUGAGAUCGUGGGACGAUUUCAUCCCGGGCCACGACCGCUUCGCCGUGCCGGAUUUCAAAGAUAUCUCCAAAUGGAACAACCGGGUGGUCAGCAACCUGCUCUAUUACCAGACCAAUUACCUCGUGGUGGCUGCCGCGGUGUUUUCCAUCGUGGGAUUCCUGAAUCCCCUGAAAAUGCUGCUUGGCAUCCUUGUGGUGAUCCUGGUCUUCACAGCCUUCGUGUGUGCAUCCCACAAAAAAGACUUCAUUUGCAAGUUUAAGAAGCAGUACCCUGCUGCCUUUGUCAUAGCAAUUAUGUUACUGAGCUAUUUCCUGAUAUCCUUUUUCGGAGGCGUCAUGGUGUUUCUAUUUGGAAUCACAUUUCCUUUGUUCUUGAUGUUUCUUCAUGCAUCCUUCAGGCUUCGAAAUUUAAAGAACAAGAUGGAGAACAAGAUAGAAAGCAUCGGCUUAAAGAAGACUCCCAUGGGCAUUAUCCUGGAUCUUCUUGAACAACAGGAGGAGACCAUUUCCAAACUAGCUGAUUACCUGGCUAAAGCAAAGGAUUAAACAUGCAGGUUGCGUGGGGAAAUUUGUUCAUUUUGUCCCACACCCUUUCUCAGUCUGUGAGUGAAAGUCGAUACAGACUGCAAGAGUGAAGUAUGGCAAAAUAAAACACCCCAACUCUUCUGAGUUUCCUUUGCACAGGGGUGGUAGUAACCCAUUUAUAACCUGUCAAAAGUGUCUGAGAUACAAAUGCAUUGGUUAAUGUGCAGCACUCACUAGUGUGGAAAUGUAGACUUCUUUCAGAUUCUUUUCUCUCUAUGUUAAGUAUUUUCGAAACUGCAUAUUUUGUGGCAAUUCUAAAUGCACAGUAUUCUUUUUACCUUCAAGCAACAUAACUGUGUGCUACUGCACAUAUCCAAACUACUACUUUUGAGUGCAAGAAUAAACCCAAAUUAUGUACAUCCUGGUUCACCUUUUGAGUGGGAUGUGGUUUCCCUAUGGAGAAAUAGAGACCUACAAUUAGAAGUAUGAUAUGCCCAUUUUGUUGUGGGAUAUUUGAAUCUGUCUCCUAUUCAGUAGCUGAACCCUUUUUCCCCCAGCAUGUUGCAAGCUUGCACAGAUAAUAUCUAGCCAACAACAUUCCUUCUUUCUGUAUGCAUAGAAUUGUACAGUUAGGAGCAGAUUUUGUAACAAGAGGAACAUGAUUUUCUGUGCAUGCCCACAUCCCAGUAUUAUACAUGCUUUUAGUAAUAAUAUUUAGUAAUUGUCAGGCUUGAGAUCUGCCAUCACAUAGAAUUAUGAAUCUUACUGAGUAUAUGACUGGAAAACCAAAUCUCUGUUUGUUAAUAUCGCAUAAUGACACUUAAUUUAAAUUUUGUGCAAGAAAAAUAAAUAAUAUUUAAAAUACCACAAACUCCUUCCUUACCUUCUCUGUUCCACUUACAUGCAACAUUGUAGAUUUAUUUAUGCUGCAAAUAGUAGUAGAAAAGAAACUCAUCCAAUUUUCUGUUUGUGAGACUGAUAUUAACUAAUGUUAGCUCUGUAACUCCCUAUCCCUAUCUUCUCUUUUUGGAACUGGAACUAAAAUUGUAACAUUUUAUUUAUUACAUGCAGGCUUGUAAAGCUACUUGUAAAAUACAACAGAUUAUUUGGUGGAGAAUGUGUGAAUAUUUUCCAGCAUUAAAGAUUAGCAGCCUACACUUGAUUUGCUUGUUGUCUUACAAUGCUGUGGCUCUUCCAGUGUUUGGUUUAGUCUACAGCUUUGUCAUUUUAAUUAAAUUACAAAAUAAUAAAAUUGUAUUUACGUAUAAAUGCUACUAUAAUUUUGAACAAUGUUCUCUUAGUGUCCUUAUUUAAAUAGACGUGUCGCUGAAAUACAUUGUUCCAAUAAAUAAUUAACAGGCACCCCAUUGUUGAUAUUUGCCAUUGGUUCAGUUACUCUAUCAGUUUAAGAUAGAGGAGGUCCUUUCAAGCUUUUGUAUUACUGUUCUAGCACUACCAAGCUAUUCCUGUGGAAUUGUUAUCAUAACAAAAUUCCAAAGAAGAGAACCUCCAUAUUUGGUCUUGGAAUAAAUUGUGCAUGUGCUAAAACCAAGUGAAAAGGAGAAGAAUAGCUAUGUUAGAGUUGUUGGAGAAGUUGUUACUGUAGACCAAGGGUC